UCUUUCGACAUUUGGAGAAGAGGGCAGCGGAAGGGAUUGGCUGAGAUGUGUAUUGUCGUUUCUCUUCAUUGGCCAAACGUAUCUUCUCAGGAGCCGAGUAUGAAUGGCCUGAGGUCGGUUUGAGGAGGGAAGGUGAGACCUCCCCGAGCUCGAUAACCCUGGCGGAUCUUCGAGAGCUUUGGAGGAGCCGGCGACGCCAGGUCCGUGAGUGCCUUGCAGAGCUUGAAGGUCCUGGCUUCAGCCUCGAUCGCCGUUCUGGAUGGCAUGGAGAAGGGAGGGGAGAAAGAACCACCAUUAGCUACGAUAUGGAGAGAUCCUAGCACCAUGGGAACUCCAGCCUCUAUUACCUGUGACUUGCCACAGAAUCCAAUCACCAAAUCAUGUACUAGAAAGAGAGCAUCUGCCAAUAUUUUCCAGGGGGUGGGGUUACUUCAGUUACGUCGUCUCUUCCGUAGCAGUGGGGAUGUGCAAGCAGAAGAACGAGCCCAGCUAAUUUGGGAGCGUGCAGAAAGCCAAUGCAUUACUCGGGCCUUACAACAGCUCCACAGAAGGCAGAGGAGGCUGAGGCUGCAAGCCAAUAGGAAGCCUCUAUAUGGAAAGGGCAGUAGUACCAGGCUGCUAGAGCUACAGCACUUUAGUCACUUAAGGAUUGAAGACUGUAAUACAUCUGCUGCUGCUGUUGAUGAUGACAGUAGGAAGAAAGAGAUAGAGGCAGCAGAUGGAAGUGGCCACUACACUGCUUCCCAAUAUAGGAAGAAGGAAAAAGAGAUGGGCAUGGCUACAUGCACAAUGAAAAAUGAUUGUGAUUUUAUGCCGAUGGUUGUGGCCCAGUGUAAUCAGACUAGCCUGGAGAAGCCUCAAAGGGUCUGACAGAUGAUUGCAGGUAACAGUAGAAAUAAAUUGAAAAAUUAUUUUGCUCUCAAGCACUUUGGUUUGCUAAUUUAGACUCGAUCAGUUUAUGUAAAAGCACAAACACUACGUAUGUUGACUAUUUAUGGUUUAUAUUUAAUAAAGCUUCCUGUCUAAAAAC